AUGGAACCGUUCACUCAACCAAAUCCGAAAUUCUACUCGAAGCUGCUCAGGCUUGAGUUUAAGGGAGUGAAUGUAUCUGGGAAAAUUUGGGUGUUCGUUAAAGAAGGUUCAAGUUUUGAAGUGGUGGUCGACUCGGAGCAGGCCUUUCAUGGACUCCUCACGAUGAAUACUUUGGCUCGACCGUUGGCAAUCACAGUGGUUUAUGCAAAGUGUGCAAGGGCGGAUAGGUACCCGUUGUGGAGUAAACUACGUGAAAUUGGGGAAAACUUGAAUGGGCGGCCGUGGAUGAUAGGUGGGGAUUUCAACACCAUCCUCCACCCUCGAGAUCGAUCCGAAAGUGAUUCCAACAGACAAACGGAAAUGCUGGAUUUUGCAGAAGUCAUCAAAGAUUGUAGACUGAUGGCCUUGGGAUUCGAUGGAGCUCCCUACACGUGGGCCAGAAAUGAUUUGUUUGAGAGGUUAGAUAGAAUGCUGGUUAGUGAGCAGUGGUUCACUAUGUUCGAAUCAUCAAGAAUCACAAACUUACCAAGGGUUGCGUCAGAUCAUGGGCCGGUUCUUAUGAGAUUCAAGAUCGUCGCCCUGACGGCCCAAGGGAAGGCCUUCCGCUUCCAAAACAUGUGGCUCAGGCAUGAAGGUUUCAAGGAAACUGUGGCAACAAGCUGGAGUCAACCCAUGGAGGCCGAGGGUCUCCUUUAUCUCCAAAUCAAGUUGUCAACACUCAAGAAGACGCUUAAAGAUUGGAACAAGAAUGUGUUCGGAAACCUCCACGCUAACCUUAGCGAAGCAGAGACGGAGGUGGCGGCGGCACAAACAGCCUUCGAGAUGGACCCCUCAACCCCGAACAGAGCGAACAUCAAAAAACACAUUGCACGGUAUAUUCUUUUGCUGAAAAUGGAGGAGGACCUCUGGAGACAAAAGGCCUCGGUCCGGUGGCUCAAGGAGGGGGAUAUCAAUACCAAAUUUUACCAAAGUUGGGUCAAGCAGAAAAGAGCGAGACUUCGCAUUCACGAAAUUCAAGUAGGGGAUUGGGUCAUCAAGGAGGAAUCAGAAAUCAAAGAAUCAGCCACGGUCUUCUUCCAAGAUCUUCUGGCACCACCAGUCCCAGACAUGAUCGAGCCAAACCUUGAUCUCAUCCACCAACUCCCACCCACGACAGAUCUUAUGGGGUUGGUCGCGACACCUUCAGCCGAGGAGGUCAAGCAGGCAACAUGGGACAUUUCGGCCGAUAGUGCACCGUGCCCGGAUAGGUACACAGCUGCUUUCUUUCACAAGUGUUGGGACAUCGUCGGCCAAGACAUUAUCGAAGCGGUUGCUCAAUUUUUCAACGGGCUUUUCUCCCGCGGAGUAUUACAUCAACCCUGGUUGUGGGGAGGAACAAGAAUAUGA